AUGGACUCCGCAAUCGAAGAAAUCAUCUCACAGGCACAAGACGCAUGCGUUUUGGAGGAACUCUCCGCCAUCAACUGCUCUGGAAUCACCCACUCUGUUCUUCCUUCUCACCUCGAAUCCCGUUUCCGAAACCUCAAAUCUUUCCCACCUACCCGUUCUACAUCCACUUCUACAAACCUACAUAACAAUCACCAAAGUCCCAAUUUUUUGCCUUCCAAACACAAUCCACAUUCUGGGUGUGCCUCCGAUUCUUCCAAUGGGGAAAAGGGGCUGAGAGAAAAGCCUAAACAUGCCUCUCUUUCUUCACCCCCUUUUGGUUCUGCUUCUGCCUCUUCCCCUUCCUCUGAAGAAAGCUCAAUGUCCUCACUGUUCAGGCCAACGCAAAACGACGAAGAAAAGCUAUCCAAACAAAACUCUGCGUCUUCUCCUUCGCCACCUCGAAAGACGGGGUGUUUCUGGUGCUCUCCGAAGAAGAAGAAGAAGAAAAGCAAGGAGAAUUCGGGUGCAAAUGAUGACUUGUUAUCGGAAUUGGGAAGUUUCUCGAAGAAGCAACAGCAGAAGAUGCUUAAGAAGGCAAUGAAAGAAGAAGAGAAGAUUAGCCGCGAAGCUGAGAAGAUCGUACGGUGGGCUAAACAUGCUUCUGCAAGGAUGAACAUUUCUGACAUUGAGGAUGAGUUCAGUGAUUGAUGAUUAGGUUGCAUUGCAUAGCAGUUUCAUAUUUAUAUGUGUGUGUUUAAUUCGAUACAAAUAUCUUCAAUAAC